CCCGGAGUGACGUCUUCUUUGUCUUCUCCUUCCACUGCUGUAAUAUCGAUCCAAUACAAGUUUUGGCGUGAAUCGUCUCCUACUGGGGAAGCACAUAUUAAGGCCUCCUUUCCCCGUCGUUAAACCAGAUCAUUAUCAAGCGACUCACCUCCACAACCAACAACAACAACCACAACAGCCAAUUCCCCUCUUCCAUUCUCCUCUUGCUUUUGAGGAUUAUCCCUUCUUCAGUUCUUCUAUCAAAGUUGAUCCUUCCAUCGACAUGGGUAUCUUCAAGGGAGGCGCUCUCCGUCUGGGCCAAACUGCCCUGUACUUCCUCACUUUCUGCUGUGCUGCCAUCAUCAUCGGCAUCUUCAGUUUCUUCCUUGCUGUCCUUGCAGACCACAACCUUGACAUCCCCACCAAAUGGAAGGCCGUUGAGGGUAUCUCUGGUGUCAUUGCUCUGUACACCAUCUGCACCACUCUCUUGACCUGCUGCUUGGCCGGUAUCACUUUCCUCUCUGCCAUCGGGCUCCUUCUUGACAUUCUCUGCAUGGGUGGCAUGAUCGCUAUCGCUGUCCUCACCCGUCAAGGUGCAAAGAGCUGCAGCAACUACGUCAAGACCCCUCUCGGUAACGGCCUCGCCAGCGCUGAUGUCGCCUACACUGAGGGCAACCACAACUACUCUCCCAACCUUGGCACUGCCUGCAAGCUCAACAAGGCCGUCUUCGCUGUCGCCAUCGCCGGUGCCGUCCUCUUCCUCUUCACCGCCAUCAUGCAGCUCCUCCUCAUGAAGCACCACAAGAAGGAGAAGAGAUUCGGUCCUGGCCCCGACAACGACUACACUGAGGGCACCCCCAAGCGCGGUCUUUUCGUCAGAAAGCCUAAGACUGUUAUUCCCACCGACGACUACGCCGAGAAGGGUACCGCCGUCCCUGUCCUCCCCGUUGGUCAGACCAUCCGUCCUUCCCACGACACCGCCUAUUCUGGCAACACUGCUGUCGGUGCCAACCCCACUGUCAUCCAGAAGGAGGGUCUCACCCACGACGGCCACGCUCCUCACGUUGGCUUCAACCCCCAUGAGCGCAGCACCAUCCCCGCCCCCGUCUCAUCUUACCGCAACGAGCGCAGCGCCGCCACCGUUCCCGCUGUCGAUGUUCCCGUCACUGGUGCCAUCCCCAGUGUUCACGGUGGUUACUACACCACUCCUGGUGUCAACAGCACCCGCGACUUCUAAGCGACUCAAGAGUCGCUUCCCGUCACCCUUGUAUUUCUAACUCGAUACCCUACGACAUUUCCACCGUAUCGUAGCUGAACGUCUUUGUCUUUAUGUUAAUCACGACUGGGCAUCAGCCAAGAACGGCGGCUGUACUUUUAUGAUGAAGAACGAAUUGUCUUUUAACACGUAUUUCCUUUCUUUUCGCUCUGCACUGGUUGGAAAUUAGGGUUGUCCUACUGAGUGUUUACACAAUUACCAGAUACCCCCUAAUAAUACCUAAUCCAAAAUACCUUCAGAACAA